UCCCCAGCCCCGCGGGGCCCCCCCGCCGCGCCGUAGCAGCCGAAGCCAGGCCGGCGGGGCGGGCGGAUUGAUGUGGGGGGGUCGGAGAUGAGUCCGCCGGCCGCCGGGUGCUGCCAUGUGACCGGCUUCAAGGUGGAGAACUGGAAGCAGAACCUGCGGGUGAUCUACCAGUGCUUCGUGUGGAGCGGCUCGGCCGAGACCAGGAAGCGCAAGGCAAAAUCGUGCAUCUGUCAUAUGUGUGGUGCCCAUCUGAACAGACUUCAUUCUUGCCUGUACUGUGUCUUCUUUGGCUGUUUUACAAAGAAACAUAUUCACGAGCACGCAAAGGCAAAGCGACACAACUUAGCCAUAGACCUUUUGUAUGGGGGUAUAUACUGCUUUAUGUGUCAAGAUUACAUAUAUGACAAAGAUAUGGAACAAAUUGCCAAAGAAGAACAACGGAAAGCUUGGAAGCUACAAGCCUUCACCCCAACAAUGAUUUCUCACUACCAGUGUACAAUGACAGGUAUUGGAGAGAAGUAUUCAACUUGGGAGCCAACCAAACGAGAGUUAGAGCUGCUUCGACACAACCCCAAGAGAAGAAAAAUAACCACAAACUGCACCAUAGGUCUACGGGGGCUAAUUAAUCUUGGGAACACGUGUUUUAUGAACUGUAUUGUCCAAGCACUUACUCACACUCCACUACUGCGAGAUUUCUUCCUCUCUGACAGACACAAAUGUGAAAUGCAAAGCCCCAGCUCGUGUCUGGUCUGUGAAAUGUCUACGCUCUUUCAGGAGUUCUACUCUGGGCACCGAUCUCCUCACAUUCCAUAUAGGUUAUUGCACCUGGUAUGGACACACGCACGGCAUUUAGCAGGGUACGAGCAACAGGAUGCGCAUGAGUUCCUCAUUGCUGCAUUGGAUGUGCUACAUCGACACUGCAAAGGUGACGAUAAUGGAAAGAAAGCCAACAACCCCAACCACUGUAACUGCAUCAUAGACCAAAUCUUCACAGGUGGAUUACAGUCUGAUGUCACUUGUCAGGUCUGCCAGGGUGUUUCCACAACGAUAGACCCCUUCUGGGACAUCAGUCUGGACUUGCCAGGUUCCUCCACCCCAUUUUGGCCUCUAAGUCCAGGCAGCGAUGGCAGUGUGGUGAACGGGGAGAGCCAUGUGUCAGGAACCACCACCCUCACAGACUGCUUGCGAAGGUUUACAAGGCCAGAACAUCUAGGAAGCAGUGCCAAAAUCAAAUGUAGUGGUUGCCACAGCUACCAGGAAUCUACCAAACAGCUCACUAUGAAGAAACUACCCAUUGUGGCCUGUUUUCAUCUCAAACGGUUUGAGCACUCAGCCAAACUGAGGCGGAAGAUCACUACCUAUGUCUCCUUUCCACUAGAGCUGGACAUGACACCUUUCAUGGCCUCUAGUAAAGAGAGCAGAAUGAAUGGGCAGUACCAGCAACCCGCAGAUAGUCUAAACAGUGAUAAUAAGUAUUCCUUGUUUGCAGUAGUUAAUCACCAAGGAACCCUGGAGAGCGGGCAUUAUACCAGCUUUAUUCGGCAACACAAAGACCAGUGGUUCAAAUGUGACGAUGCCAUCAUCACCAAGGCUAGCAUUAAGGAUGUACUAGACAGCGAAGGAUACCUGCUGUUCUAUCACAAGCAGUUCCUGGAAUACGAGUAGCCUUACUCAGCAGCUGAAGAGACGAAGGAAAGGAAGCGAAACGAGUGGCCGCCUUCCGAUAAGACACACAACCCUAACCCGAAACGAAAAGACACCCAUUCGACACCUGGCCCCAAGCUGCGACAGGGUCUGCUUGCCGCUGGCUCACAGCCUGGAGGAGUAAAAAACGCACUCUCUUCAUCGUGUAUGCCGUCCUGUAAGGGCAGGAGAGGGGGAAACGCAAAAGAGGCUACCGUCAGUGACUUUGAGCGAAGACGUAGAAUAGCGCAAAGGUUGCUCCGGAUAGGGACCUGUGACAGGAGCAGGGGAGCCCAUGCGCCGCAGCUUCUCCCGCCGUCCCUCCGAGACGCGUGUGGGAAGGCCGGGGGGUGCGCGCGCUCUCAUCUCCACAAAGCAUCUUCUCCAUUGGUGCUUCAGCUCCAACUGACCAAUCAUACGACAGUUAAUAAUCAAAAACCCACGCCCAUUUUUUUAUGCCUACGGGUCUGAAAGCAGUGAAAUGGAGGAGAGUCGGGACGAUGCAACGAAAUGGACUUUGCGAGUACCUUUUUAUUUGUGAAUUUUAGUUAUUAAAUAAAUACAGUAUGAAAUUA